AUGAAUUCCCGACCAUUGCCACCGCCCGCACUUUCAAUUAAUAAUAAGGACAUUCAGUUUCUUGAACAGGAAACGACUACACUUCUUGUAAAAAACUUACCCAAUUUAUGCGAAUCAGACCUACUUGAUUUUCUAAAGCAUUUUGGUCCACAGGAAAUUCGUCUUGGAACUUCAAAUCCGUUGAAAAAUUCGGCAUUCUUGGAUUAUCCAGAUCGUUUAUCAGCAGCGAACGCAUUUUCUAAGAUACAAGAAUUAGGAGAUGUAGUAGGAAAAAAAGUUCGAGUAGAAUAUGCAUUGCCAAGUAAAGAGGCUUUGCAAAAAAAGGGUAAUUCUAAAGUCGCAGGAAAUUCUAGUGAUAAUACUAAUGAAAAUAGGCAGGAUGAUUCUGGAUCAUUUCAAACACUUCCGCCACCCCCUCCGUUUCCGCCGCCACCAAGUUUCAUUGCUGAACCAAUUGCACCUUCAUUAGGGAUUAAUUAUCCAGCACCUCCUUCACUUCAUUAUCGUUAUCCCCCUCCAACUGUAGAAAUUUUAUAUAAUAUCAUGAAUGCUAUUGCGGCUGUGCCUAAAUUAUAUACUCAAGUUUUGCAUCUAAUGAAUAAAAUGAAUUUACCACCACCAUUUGGACCUAUAUUACCAGAAUCAAUACCAGCCUUACUUCAAACUGAUACCGAAGGAAGUCUUAACAAGAAACGCAAGAAAAGAGAUGAAUUAUUAUCAGAUGAUGAAUCUGAAAUUGACAGUGAAGUUGAAGAAGAGCAAAUCAAGAUAGGCCCCGUAAAGAAACCUAGAGUAUCGGAAAUACUUCCUGGAGUCAUGCAAACUAUACCACAUAUCCCCGUCGCUUCUUAUAUGAAUCCUACGUAUAUAGCGCCUUCUAUUGAGCCAAUAACACCUAAAAUUGUACCACCGGUACUUUCUGAUGCAUAUUCUAACCAACCUCCAACUUUAGAAUCGCCAGUACAAUAUCCUUCAACUUCAAAAUCUGAAGUAUACACCAAUUCAUUUCCAACUGAAACCAAAUCAGAGGAAACUGCAAAUUCACUAGUUCAACAAGCAGAAUCACCACUAAAUUGUAUAACGUUAGAAGAAAUUAAUAGUAAUAAGAUGCUAGAAGAUGGAUUGAACAAGAUAUCGGCAAUGAAAAAUUACGAACCUGGACGACCCAAUUCAACUUUAUAUAUUAAGAAUUUGGCCAAAAAGAUAAAAAAAGAAGAUCUAGAAUAUAUCUUCGGGAGAUAUUUCCAUUCUAAAAGUCAAAUGGAUAUCCGAUUACACUCGAGAGGACAAGCGUUCGUAAUAUUUUCGGAUGAAGAAACGGCAUCUCGGGCUUUAAAUGAGGUUCAUGGUUAUAUUUUACAUAAUAAACCCAUGGUUAUUCAAUUCAGUAAUAAAAUUUCUUGA